CGUUUCAGAUCAGUCGGCAGGUCAAAGGUCACGAGGGCAGCGUGUUUUGUAUGUGUGAGAUGAGGAGCGGCACUCUGCUGACCGGGGGAGGGAAAGACCGGAAGAUAAUCCUGUGGGACCACGAGCUGAGACCGGACCGCGACAUCGAGGUCCCGGAUCAGUACGGAACCAUCAGAGCAGUUUCUGAGGGGAAGGGGGACGAGUUUCUGGUCGGAACAUCUCGUAACUUCAUCCUGAGAGGAACCUUCAAUGACGGCUUCCUGGUCGAGGUCCAGGGUCACACAGACGAGCUGUGGGGUUUAGCGUCCCACCCGUCCAGAGAGAUGUUCCUGACGUGUGCUCAGGACCGGCUGGUCUGCCUCUGGAACGCGUUGAACCACAGUCUUCAAUGGAGCCGCACUCUGGAGGAACAUGGACACUGUGCAGAUUUCCAUCCCAGCGGAGCCGUGGUGGCCAUAGGAACACACUCGGGAAAGUGGUAUGUCCUGGAUGCUGAGACCACAGACUUGGUGGCAAUCCACACCGACGGGAACGAGCAGCUGUCUGUGAUGCGCUUCUCUGUAGAUGGAGGUCUGUUGGCUGUUGGAUCUCAUGAUAACUUUAUUUACCUCUACACCGUCUCCGACAGAGGACGCAAGUACAGCCGCUACGGGAAGUGCACC